GCUCUGAUCUCGGUUACGCCCAAAAAAAUCGCUGGAAACCGUCUGGUGAGAUUCCUGAUUGCCACGCAAGAAGUGGACAAAAGCAUGGUUGGUCAGCUCAGUAAGAUGAACUUGGAGAAGCUCGACACUAUUUACAACUUUAAGCAGCAUUACCCUUUCACGGAACUCGGAACCCAGAGAAGAUGUCGACAUCAACAAUGCUCAUGACGAAUAUGAUAAUUCAAGUGACAUCAAUGAUAAUGAAAUUCACAAAGCCGCCAUGAGUCCUGAGCAGAUGAAAAUGCCGCCUAGCUAUUGGCUGACAUUUAAUCCGCAAAAUGUACGGUGAUUUAGAUAAGAGGAUCCAAAAACCAUGCACAGCCUACGCACCUUAUUCAGAAUGUUCUCAUAGUCGUUGCCACUGUUCUUUAGUCUUGGAGUCUAUGCAGAAGACACCGUUGACGUUUUCAAUGCUGAAAGAACGCUGGACGAUUGGAACAAUCCCCUUCUGAACAAAGAUUUUGUCUUCGUCAAUUUUUAUGCCGAUUGGUGCAGCUUCAGCAAGUUGCUGGCUCCUCAAUGGCAGCAAGUAUAAUAGCCGAUGACUCAGCUCUGUCGCCAAUAGUACAUUUCGCUCGAGUAGACUGCGAUUUGAGUCCAAUGGACGAAUUGUGCGAUUACUACAACGUGCACAAUUAUCCCACGGUGACCUUAAUAAAACAUGGUAAACGGGGAAGAGGUUCGGAAUACCGAGGUAAGUGCUGAGGGACUCAUGGAUUUUCUCAAGGCACAAGCAAGGGAUGCAGUUUCAGUUGCGACAUCGUCUGAUUUGUCGCACAGCUUACAGCCACGAGAUGUCGUCCCUGGAACUGGAGAAAAGUCCGAAAAACCAGUCAUCAUUCUUGCUAAAGUCCGAGAAGGCCAAGAAGAAAAUUUGGAUCUUCUAAGGAAAGUCAGCACGCACUUUUUGGACACCGAGUGCAAUUUUCACGUCAACGUCGUCCCAGGAGAAUUAGAAACCAGUGUAACCAGCUUUGAUGCAGUGCCUGGGAAUGAAAAAUCUUUUCCAGGCCAAAUGCAAAACUUCCUGGAGCUUUUACAAUGGGCCAGGUCCCAAUGCGUCCCAUUGGUCAGAGAACUCAAGUUUGAAAAUGCUGAAGCACUGACAGAAGAAGGUUUACCUUUUCUGGUUUUGUUCCGGGACCCUGACGAUGAAGCAAGCUUGCAAAUUUUUCGCGACAUCAUCAAUGACGAACUUCCGGGAGAGCAGGACAAAGUGAACUUCCUAUAUGCUGACGGAUUCGUUUUCAAACACCCUUUGGAGUACUUGGGAAAAACUCCGCAGGACUUUCCAGUGAUUGCAUUGGAUGAUUUCAACUACAUAUUUGGCCUUCCAACUGAUGCAAACUUUGAAGACCCAGGAGUACUAAAAGCAUUUAUUCAAGAUCUUCAUUCUGGGAAAUUGCACGAAGAUUUCCAUAGCGGGGAACCCCUAGCCAUACGUGUGGGAGAUUCCGGAGAUGGGGAUCCCCAGAUUGGAUCCUCCUCUCUAUCCUGA